AUAAAUGAAAAAUAAAUGUAUGGUUUUAAUUCCCUGAAAUUAUUUUAAUACAUUUUUAUUCAUAUCAUUUGUACCAUUUUUAUCAUUAAUCAUAUAAAUUUACAUAUUCAUAUUUCUUAUUCAUAUAUUUGAGCUAAUUCAUUGCAUGUGACUUGAAUUAUUUGUAAAUGAAAUCGAAAAAGACUUGGGAUGUAAUUUUAUAAUAAACAGUACAUAUUAUAAUGGCCCUAUUAAACAACUGAAAGCUAGUUUUUGGGGUCGAUUUUGUUUUCUUACUUGUACAAACUUUUUGCUGUUUAAAACAAAAGGCUAUACAAACUAUAUCCAUAUGCCCUUGUUAUUUAUAAUGGCUAAUUUGCACAUAGUGGCAACGGUUGAGUUGGGUAAAGACUGAUAAAUAAGACCACUGAGUUGUGGAUCUUGUAUUAAUCGAUCAUCAUAUAUCUAGUCCUAAAACGAUUUACAAGGGCUGGAUGAAAAGUUCUUUAUGUGGAAGACCUGUAUAAAGUAGAUGGUUUCUAUUAAUUUUUCUACAUAAUCCCCUUCGAUGUGUUGGCCUACACACUUUUGCCUGGAUGCCGGUCUGGAAGGAAUUUUCUUCAGUCACCCUAAAGUCAAAGAAAGUUGUUCACAGCUGACAUGAUGUCAUCAUUACUAGGAUAAUGAUGACCGGCUAGUUCCUUUUUUAUUUUUGGAAACGGGUCUCAUCCAUGGUUACAAAUCUGGCCAAAAGAUUAUCAGGAUCUGCUUCAAAACAGCGCAGAUUGUCACAGGACAUCAGACCCUUUCUGAUCUGCAGUCAAGCGCUUUGGCACCCAUCUUGCAGACACUUUUGUCAUUCCUAACUCGCUGGCGAUAAUGUGCUCAACUCUCUCAUGAGAGAUGCCCACAAUACUGGCAAUAUGUCGCGUGGUCAAUCGUGGAUCAGCCAUCACCAUGUCAUGCACCCGGGUAAUGUUUUCUUGAAUGGUUGCUGUUGAUGGCCUUCCAGUACGUGGGUCAUCGUCGAGGCUCUCUCUGCCACGCUUAAAUUCCGCCGCCCACUUCUUUACUGUGGAGAAGGAAGGGGCAUCAUCCCCUAAAGUGGAGACCAUGUCAGCAUGUAUCUGUGUUGGGGUUAGUCCUUUCAUUUGCAGGUACUUGAUCACUGCUCUAUAGCCAGUUUUGUCCAUUUGUGGUAAUUUCAAUUGGUAGGUUCACAAGAUGGUCUUGUAGGAAGACAAAAACACUAUAGAUUGUAGUUCUUAUUCUUAAUCUAUGUCUACGAAAGCACAAUUUUGAAUUUUGCCAAAUCCUUGUAAUUACUAUACUAAUAUAGUAUUACAAUAUUGAUAUUCAUUCAAUGCAAUCAUUGUAUCACAAUGUUAAUAUGUUGGUGGCAAAAGUUUGUUUCAACCAACUACCAAGGAGUAUUAUACUCCUAGGUUUCAACCCAGCUGAUCUAUCAUUUUUAGGCUUAGAACUUUUCAGCCAGCCCUCGUAUCUUAUACUUGUGAGCGAUGAUGAAUUCCUAUUUGUCAAAAAAAAGGUCGGCAGUCAUAAUAGACUCAAUGGCGACAGUGUUAUGGUUGAAGGGAGAUAAUCAGGUUUAAGAUAUUUUCUGUGCAUGACAAUCGCGACUACAUUAAAUCACGUUGUGUAAAAAUAUAAAAAAGAAAAUUGGAUUAGCGAAAAGAUUUGUACAGAAAAGACGACAGAAAAGUACUAAACAUACAUAAUAAUUUAGUAUUUGGGUACAUUACGGUUACAGAAUGAAUCGUAAAGAGUUAUUAGAUCCAGGCAAGUUAGCACAAUUCGUAGAUGAUUAUGCUAAAGAUCAUCCAGAAGAAUUUGACAAGUUCUCAAAGGAGAUGGUGGAAAACAUGAAAAAUUCGAAGAACAGAGAACGCGAAAUCUGUAAAUUACCUAAGGAAGAUACAGUAUGGUUGAUAAUAGAACAGGCACCAGAGAUCGUAGAUGGUAUAAAGAAGAGGACUUUAAUGAUGUCAGAUAAAAAUGGUGCCUAUUUAGCUGUACAUAUGGAAGAUCCCAAUAUAGAAUCUCUACAGCAACAAGCUUAUUCAUUACUUUGUUUAGCUUGUCUUUAUCCUUUGUCUGGAAAAUCAAGACGACCAAAACUUGUUACAUUUAAGGAUGCAGAAAUAGCAAGGAAUACCCAUUUAGAUCUGUCUAAGUUGAAGAUUAAGUAUAUAAAUCCUGAUACUAUGUCAAAUAGAUCCGAGAAAGAUGAAGAAUUAUCUUAUGUUAGAGAAUGUUGUUCUUGUAGAACUAGAGGAACCCCUGAACUAUUUAAAACAUGUUCAGCAUGUGAAGGAUUUGAGUAUUGUUCAAGAAAAUGCCAGAAAAAUGAUUGGUCAAAGAAAGGUCCAAUGGCACCACAUAGUCAUAAACAUUGGUGUAAGAAGAUCAAAGUUUAUAUGGAGAAAACAGACGAACUAGCUACAUUUCCUUUUACAUUUACAUCAGACACAACAGCAGCGGAUUUUCAUCUUGAGAAAUAUAAAAGUUUUUUACAACAACAUGGUGUUUAUAAUGAUGGUUUGUGGAGAAGAGAAUGUCCUUUAGGCUUGAAAAUAGUCAAUAUACAUGAAUGUCCAUUCGGUCAGCUAUCUUCGGAUGACAACCCUUACGUUUUACCAGUAGAAUCUUCAAUAUUAACCUCAAAACCUGAUAAUACAGUUCCACCAUUACAUCAACCAUUUCAAGAUUGGCAAUCAUAUUAUAAAUGGAGAGGAUUUCCUUUAGAUUCACCAAUAGCUAUAUUACUUCAUUUUCCUCUAACACUAUAUUAUAUUGUAACAUCUUGUUUUAUACCUGAUUUUCCAGAGAAGUUUUCAGAAAUUGAAACCAGUGGAAAUAUGACUAUACAUAUAUUAGGUGUAGAAAAAGAAGUGGAAAUGUUGAUGGUAUUUCAGGAAUUAGGUUAUUUAGUUCCAUCUAUAAAGUUUGAUAUACAUAUGGUUGGUAUAGAGAUUAUGUCUAGUUUAGAUGGUAAACGUGAAGUAUAUAACAAUGUAUCUAUAACAAUACAUCAAAAACCAUACCAUCAGUACAGGGGAGAUAACCCUGAUCUUGUUGUUGGUUUUAAUGCUGGUAUUGGUGCAUAUAUAACAUGGGGUGAAACUAUCUCUAAAUUAAAGAAAGAAGAUAUACCAAGUUAUUUUACAGAUUAUUGUCAGUAUAGUUGUGAAUGUGCUCGACAAGCAGUGACAUCAGUUGGUGUAACGGUCGAACCUACAUUUAUUAACCCAUUUAGAAACCCUGUUAGAAAAGUCUGUACUGAAAAUAACAUGCCUUGGUAUAGUAAUGGUUUUAUUAUUAAACUUAACUAUACAGAUAUAAAUGAAAUUGAGAGGUAAACUGGUUUGCAGAAUCUGGUAUGAAUCUGAUAAAUUAUAGGUGCACAGUGACUGAGUCAGUAAGCCUGGCUCACUAGACACUGACCAAGAGGUUCCAGAUUCGAUCCCAGUGUUUCCCCUCCCCCCCCCCCCCCCAGCCCCUUGUCAAUGGUGCCAAAGGGAGGAGUGGAGCUCAGAUUAAAGGUCUCUAAAUUGUUAUGUGUUUUUUUAUUAUUUCUAUUAAAAGCCUCUAUGUUAUGUUACUGUGAGCUUCUCUUCACAAUAUGGAGAUAUAAAUUAAGUUCUAAUCAUUUUGUUUGCCCAACACAAAUUUGCUCAUAUUGCAUUUUCAGAUAUUAUUAUCACCAUAAUUAUCAUUUUAUUUAAAAUACUGAUUUUAUUUCAAUAUAAUCGAACAAUAAAGUAUAACAUUAAACUUGAGUUGUUGGUUUGU